AUGACGUGGCACAUAGUUACCAUAGUAUUUUUCCCGGUUGAUCACGAGCUAGCCGUUGACUGCCACUUGUCUGAACAGCAAAGAACCAGAAGGCUAAACCCUAACCCACAGAAACACCUGCUGUUGCCAUGUGUAGAUACAUACUUUGGACCCGGGACUGUAGAAAAUAUCAAAUGCCAUCUGAAUGCCGAGGAUUCUAAGGAAGAAGUGGAUGCUGUUUUUGUAAACGCAAUUUUGACAGGAAUUCAGCAGCGGAAUCUGGAGCGAGCAUGGGGAAAACCAGUACUGGAUCGUGUGGGCCUUAUCAUAGAAAUAUUUAAUGCUCAUGCACACACAAAAGAAGCAAAGCUUCAGGCUGAGUUAGCAGCUCUCAUGUAUAAAAAGAGUAGACUUGUUCGCGUUCGUGGUCCUGAUGGUCGCCUUACUUUUGGAGCAACUGGAGAGGCUGAAGUUGUCAGCGCACGAGGGAGAGGAAGUGGGGGGCGAGGGUUUAUUAGUGGUGCUGGAGAAACCGAACUUCAGCUUCAGCGACGAAGAAUUUUAGAACGGCGGAGUCAUUUGUUAUCCCAAAUUGAAGAGGUUCGCCGCACUCGAGCCUUGCAGCGCGCUGCCCGCAAGAGGCGGGGUGGACUAGAGGGCCAAAGCUUAGCCACUGUUGCUGUUGUAGGUUACACAAAUGCUGGGAAAUCUACAAUGAUAAGCGCAUUAUCUGAUUCUGAUUUGUACAGUAAUGAAAGAUUGUUUGCCACAUUGGAUCCUAGACUGAAAAGUGUUUUUCUUCCUUCAGGGAGGAAAGUGCUUCUUAGUGACACUGUGGGAUUCAUCUCGGAUUUGCCAGUGCAGUUAGUGGAAGCAUUUCAGUCAACUCUAGAGGAAGUGGUUGAAGCUGACCUCCUCGUGCAUGUAAUAGACUGUACUGCCCCUAAUCUUGGCGAGCAUCGAUCAACAGUAUUGCAAGUUCUUCAACAAAUUGGAGUAUCAGAAGAGAAACUUGAGAAUAUGAUUGAAGUCUGGAAUAAGAUUGAUUACCAAGAAGAAGAAGAAGAAGAAAUGGAUUAUAAAUAUCUAGAGGAUGGAGAGGAUGCUAGAGCCAGCAGCUUCUCAGCAGAGGAAGAAAAUGACAUGGAAUCCAAGAACUUAGAAGGCAAAUUGAUUAAUAAUUGUAGCAAUGAUAGUGCUGAUGGUAACACUGGGAUUGUGUCCGAGCUUUCUGCUGGCGAUUCUAAUGAGAACCCAAAAGAGGAUAAUAAGGAAGAUGAUUAUUCUGAUGGCUGGCUGUUGUCAGGAGAUGACGAUGAAGACACAAAUAAUCAAGAUGAUUCUCUCAUGUGUUGGGAAACUACGGAUGGCAAACAGAGUGACUGCUCUGUUUCUCCUUCCAUAGCAAAAGAUUUGCAUCCCCAAGCUCAACACACUCCGCACGCCAAAAUAUCUGCCCUAACGGGAGUUGGUCUGCAAGAGUUAUUGGAAGUCAUCGAUGAACAGCUAAAGGAUCAGGACAGGAAGGUCAAGUCCCAGAGAGUGGUGGACUGUACAAGUAUAUUUGAUCGAAAAUGGAGACCCCCUCGGAAUCAAGAUGUGGAAGUAGCUGUUAAAGAGUGAAAGAUUGUUACGCUCGUUCCUGCACAACUAGAACGACCUGAAACCAGAGCAAACAUGUUUACUGGCUUUGUGUAUUGCUGUAAACCUAUCAGAAGCACAGGGCUGAAGAAGUGGCAAAUUCAGAUUCUCAGAAAUUCCUGUCACGAUUUUUGGCUUAGUCGUAUGUAUCAUUAGAUUUGUUUCUAGUUUAAUAUUUUAAUUUCGUUGUUAUUUUAAAAUAAGUAAAUUAAUAAUUUACUCUCUUGAAAAAUUAUAUAUUUAUCAAAGUAUAGAGUAUAAUGUACCACGAUUGAACUAUGAGAAAACAAAGAAUUGUAAGAGAGCGCGGGUUUGAAUA